UUGAAUAUCGAAAUAGUUUUUUAACGUAUUUGUGGUUUAAUUAGAUUUUGCGUUACAGAGGAUUAGUUGUGAAUUAAAUAGAUGUGUUAGCUUGGUGUUGACACAAUAAAUAUGAAUUCACUAUAUUAUGUAUGUUUGGCUAUGUGUGCGUUGAUUCCGGUGAUUAUAUGCGAUACAAAUGUGGAGAAGUGUAGCGAGAAAUGCGAGCCACAGAAGUGUCAGCCGCCCGAAGACUGUUUGGCAGGAGUUAUCAAAGACGGCGAGAGGUGUUUCAACGAGACGCUGAGGAAGAAGUUGCCGCGAAGUUACGAGAUAUACGCCGAUUGUGGUGAGAAUCUGGUCUGUAAGAUGCGGACAGACAUGGAGGCCAAUGACCCGCCGGAAGCC